AGACUUUAGUAGAGUAGUUCUAUUUUCCUCCUCCUGCAGUCUUUUCUUAUCUGCAAAAAAAAGAAAAGAAAAAUAAAUAUCUUAAAUUCAGUUUCAAUUUUACAGAACCUGAAAAUAAUCAUUCAUGGCGACCCGCUUAGCAGCAAAUCCAAUCGGACUUAACAGAACCCGCCCAUUUUAUCAAGUUCAGCCCCCAUCAUCUCAAGCAACUCUACAGCGAAGCAACUUUCUUCAUCUACAAUCUAACACCACAAAUCACACUCGUGUACUUCGAAGAUUAGCUUGUCAGAAAAAUCCAAACCCUAAUCCAAUCGAAUCGGAAAAUCCAGUUGAUGGGCCGAAAUCAGUGGAGGAGAGUAAAGUCAACGAAGCCACGAGCUCGAAAGCUGAAAAUUCAGGUUCUGUUGAAUUUCCAAACAAGGGAAUUAAUAGACGGAUAGCUGCAGUGACUAGUGUUGCAGCACUGGGAUUUUUUGUAUCAGGAAGACUAGAUGUUGGUGGUGCUGGCACCUUAAAGGACCUUUCAAAGGCUGCCAUACCUUAUGAAACGGCUAUCUCGAAUGGGAUGCCUACGGUUGUUGAGUUCUAUGCUGAUUGGUGUGAAGUCUGCAGAGAACUAGCUCCAGAUGUGUACAAAGUUGAGCAGCAGUACAAGGAUCGUGUAAAUUUUGUUAUGUUGAAUGUGGAUAACACUAAAUGGGAACAGGAGCUAGACGAGUUUGGGGUUGAGGGUAUUCCCCAUUUUGCAUUUUUGGAUAGAAAUGGAAAUGAAGAGGGCAAUGUUGUGGGAAAGCUACCAAGACAAUAUUUGGUUGACAAUGUUGAUGCUCUUGCUAAAGGGGAAGCUUCAAUACCCCAUGCUAGGGCUGUAGGACAGUUCUCUAGUGCUGAAGCAAGGAAGGUGCAUCGAAUUUCUGAUCCUAGAAGCCAUGGUGUUGAUGAUCGAUUCUUUGGGAAUUCAGCUGCUGAUUGUAGUUUGCUGGCCUUGGAGGAUACACACCAUCACUGGCACUGGUUAGUCCAUCACUUUGCAAACUCAGUAUUAUCCUCCGACUCUUUGUUAGAUUUAAGCUGUCCAUCCAUGUCUGAAUCCCCUCUCCUUGAAGACCCUCCACCAUCAUCCAGUAGGAGCACUGGCCAAGAAGCUGGUGGUGGUCUUCCAUUGCGAGAGAUCCCAGGUGAUUAUGGACUCCCUUUUUUUGGUCCUUUAUUUGAUCGACUUUGCUUUUUCUACUGUCAAGGUCAAGAAAAAUACUUCAAGUCUCGAAUUCAGAAAUAUCAAUCCACCGUACUUCGAGCCAAUAUGCCACCAGGUCCCUUCAUUUCAUCAAACUCUAAGGUGAUUGCCCUUCUUGAUUCCAAGAGCUUUCCAAUCCUUUUCGAUGUCUCUAAGGUAGAGAAGAAAGAUGUUUUCACUGGUACGUACAUACCUUCCACCAAACUAACCGGUGGUUACAGAGUCCUUGCAUAUCUCGAUCCGUCUGAACCGAAUCAUUCCAAGCUUAAACAGCUACUGCUCUCCCUUAUUCAUUCACGUAGCGAGUUUAUAAUUCCAGAGUUUAGAAAAAGUUUCGGUGAGUUGUUCGAUACUCUUGACAGUAAUAUUGCUGCCAAAGGUAAGGCCAACUUUGAUGCUCCAACUGGUGGUCUAAAUGAGAAGACAUGUUUUAACUUCCUAGCUCGUUCCUUGCUCUCAACAAACCCCGAUGAAACAGAGCUCGGUAGUGGCGGUGCAGCAUUGAGAUCCCUUAUAUGGCUUUUUUUCACAAUCCAUCCAAUUGUUUCAGUUGGCUUACCUUGUUUUAUAGAAGAUCCACUUUUCCACAUCAUUCGUCUGCCUCCAUGUAUGAUAAAGUGCUGUUAUCAGAAGCUAUACAAUUUCUUCUACAAACAUGCUAGUGGGUUUCUCGAUGAAGGUGAGAAGAUGGGUAUAAAAAGAGACGAAGUCUGCCAUAAUAUUCUUUUUAUUGUGUGCUUUAAUGCCUUCAGCGGAAUGAAGGUCCAUUUCCCAAACAUCAUAAAAUGGGUCAGUCGCUUAGAUACAAAGGUACAGAAGCAGUUAAUAGACGAGAUAAGAUCAGCAGUAAAGUCCAGUGACGGAAACGUGACGAUGAAAGACAUAGAAGAGAUGCCACUGGUGAAGUCAGUGAUUUAUGAAGUUAUGAGGAUAGAUCCAGCAGUGCCGUACCAGUAUGCUAAAGCCAAAAAAGACUUGGUGAUAGAAAGCCAUGAAUCAUCGUUUGAAGUUAAACAAGGGGAGAUGUUGUUUGGGUAUCAGCCAAUCGUGACCAAAGAUCCUAAGAUCUUCGAGAGAGCUGAAGAAUUUGUAGCAGACAGGUUUGUAGGAGCCGAGGGAGAGAAGCUCUUGAAGUAUGUGGUGUGGUCUAAUGGACCUGAGACUGAAGGUCCAACGGUGGACAACAAACAGUGUGCAGGGAAGGAUCUAGUGGUGUUGUUCUCAAGGCUUUUAGUGGUGGAGUUAUUUCUCCGGUAUGACUCAUUUAAGGUUGAACUAGGAUCCUCACUACUGUGUCCUCAAGUUACGUUCACUUCUCUUACGAAAGCCAGUGCUGAGGGUUAGGAUAAAAGCAAAAAAUACGGGGAACUUUUUCUUGCCUACUGGGUUCCGUUUUGCUGCGCUAAUAAGGAGGAGGACAGAUCAUUAUAGAGCUGUCGUUACCAUGUCUUACGGAUUUAUGCCAUAUUUGCUUUGUUUGUAAUCGCAUUCUUGGUGGGCCGGCAUUUUACAUAUUUUUGUGGCUUAUCUUUAUGGCUGGCUUUGCCUUAUAAUUCUUUCCCUAAAUGUAAAGGCAUGUUUAGCUGUGUUUGUUCUGAAAAUAAACAGUUUGACGUUUGGUAAACCGUAAACGAUAAUAUGUAAAGUAUUGUGAAAAUAAUAAACGGAUAAGUUUUAUUUGGUAAA